GUUGUGAAUGUUGAUCACUCGUUCUCUUCCACAGUUUUGUUUGUUUCACAUUUGAGCUUUUUCUGUGUUUCUGAGCCCAAGUAUUCAACCCACGAUGAAAUUCGAUACUCCAGAAAUCGCCUGGCAUGGAAAAGAACCAAUUCUGAGUGUUGAUUUUAGCAAAGUGGGAUCAAAAUGGCGACUUGCAUCCGCGGGCGCAGAUAACGAUGUAAAGAUCUGGUCUAUCGUUUGCAGUGAUGGUCAAAAGACAGCUAUCGACUUUUUAGCAAAUUUGAGUCGCCACACAAAAGCUGUAAACGUGGUGAAGUUUUCUCCCAAAGAUGAGAUUCUUGCAUCAGGAGGAGAUGACUCCAUGAUUAUUCUAUGGAAGCUAAAUAACUCAGGGGAGAGAAACACCUGUGACACAUUAAUGGAUGCAGAUGAAAUACCAAACAAGGAAUCUUGGACUUUUCACAAGGCACUGAGGGGGCACAUUGAGGACAUUUACGAUCUUCAAUGGUCACCAGAUGGAAACAAUCUUAUUUCAGGAUCUGUUGACAAUAGUGCUAUAAUUUGGGAUGUAGUUAAAGGUCAGAAACUUGUAAUCUUGAAGGACCAUAAACAUUAUGUUCAAGGAGUUUGCUGGGAUCCCCUUGGCCAAUAUGUUGUGACAAAUUCAAGUGACAGAAGUUGCAGGCUUUACAAUCCCAACUCUCACCGCUGUUGUUAUAACAUAACAAAACUGUUGGUAAAUGGAUCUCUAAAGCCAACAGAAAAUGGAGAGGCAUUUAAGCAUGGGAAAAUGUUUCAUGAUGAAACCAUGCCCUCUUUCUUUCGCCGGCCAAGUUUUUCACCAGAGGGAUCAUUGCUUCUAGUCCCUGCUGGCCGGCUUGAAGUUGGUGAUCAGAUUAUCAACACAACAUAUGUUUUUACCAGAGGAUCUCCAAACAAACCAGUACUUUAUCUUCCAAGUCCUCAAAAGGCCACAGUGGCAGUGCGAUGUUGCCCCAUCCUGUUUGAAUUAAGACAAGUGAAAGGUGAUGGCAAAUCUGCAAAGAGUAUCUUCAAGUUGCCUUACCGGAUGGUCUUCUCUGUAGCAACAAUUGACUCUAUUCUGUUGUAUGACACUCAACAAGCAGUACCUUUUGGUUACAUAAGCAAUAUUCAUUAUGCUGCUCUCACUGAUCUUACUUGGUCCAGUGAUGGAAGUAUGCUUGUGGCUUCCUCUUCUGAUGGCUACUGUACCAUUGUCCACUUUAAAGAAGGAGAGCUUGGUGUGCCUUACUCUCUGUCAGUCAAACAAGCCUUAGAGAGAAGCAACUCCCCAUCACUGCAAACUUCCGAUACUUCAGGUAAAGUGAGCAAGAACAUGCGAGCAUCCUCACCCUCAGAGAAGGAUAAGAAUGAGGAAAAGUGUGACAAAACACCCUUGUCUACCAAGAAGGAGCAAUUAGGCAAGAUAAAAAAGUUUACAAUACCUAUGAAAAUUACACCAACCAAACCUGCCAGAAAGGUGGAUCCAAAGAGAAUCACUCUGUCACCAGCCCCUUCAAAGCCAAGGGCUGCAAAUCAAGUUUCUGAAGAGUUGAGUUCAGCAGCGUCCACCAGUGUGGUUCAAUUUUCCCCACCUGCUACAAACACUGCAGGACUUCAGCAGUCUUCUGCUGGUCCCAAACGGGUGACAUUGAUGCCAGCAAAAGGGCAAUUAAAUGGAAAUAAUUCAGGUGGUCAGAUGACACCAAGGCGUGUUGCGCUAUUGCCAGCAGCAAGUAACCAACCCAACAAGAGCUCUGCUGAGAUCAAACAAACAGCUCAGGUAAUACCGAGACGUGUUGCUCUGACACCUAUGGAAAGUACAUCCAAGCCUGAAGACAUAAAAGUGACAGAAACAAAGGAAGCAAAGCAAGUUCCAGAACGAGUACCAAAAUGCAGUACACUGGGGUCCAGCUCUGCCAAGGGGAACAUGCCCCCAGGUGAUGUUAGAACCAGGGAAACCAGUCUAGCACAGUCAUCCUCUCCAUCUCAAACUACAUCUGCACUUAGAAGAGUACCCCUUGUGACAUUGGCAACUGAUCUUGAGAAAGCCUGCACAAAGGGAUCAUCACAAGCAUCCCAACUACCUGGAACAUCUUCUACGUCAGACCGUAAAACUGUGGUUAAUGAAAAUGUCACAAACAAAUCUACAGAGCCCACUUUGAAACAGUCAGUGCUAGCAAGAGGUGAAAAAACUAGUAAAACUGACAACUCUGCGCAUAGGAGAAUAGCACUGACACCUGUUCCAAUCACAACCCAGACACCAUCCAUAACUUCUCUUACAGAUAAGGAAAACAGCACAAUCAACCAACCUCCACAACCUAGAAGGGUAAUGCUUACUACUCUUACACCUCAUGGAGGUGGGAACACUCAAGUUGAACAGCCACAGGGCAGUGUUACUAAAUGCCAGACCACAAGAAAACCUAUUCCCUUAGAGCCAAGAAUCAUUAUACUGGAUGACUAACAUGUAGCUAAAAAUAAGUUAACCCUUGAUGCACUGAUCAAUUGGAAGCUUUAACAUCCCUCCACUUCCUUGGGCAUUUGAACUUUUGAGGAUUGGUUUGUUCAAAUUCUCACUCUACAGGGCCAAAAUUAUGUCCAAAUGCCCUGCUCAAUGAUUUUGUGAAUUUGGAAAAAUCAGCAACUAUGACUUUCUGUUCAUUCAUCAAGCUUUAAAAACUAGACCUUGUAGACCUUUCUUCUUGAGCCAUUCAAUUGCAAAAGUGAAUUAACUCUUUAUCCUAACACACCUCCAUGUUUAGAGAUAUAACACUGCAGCCAGGCAAGGUUUAAAUUCCUCAAACCCCCCCCUCCCUCCCCCCCCCAGAAUUUCUUUCUACAAUAUCAUCAAAAAAAGUGAUGAGACUAGAGAAAACUAUCAAUAAGGGAUUAGUUGAUUCAGUACCUACUUCUCUGAACUAACGUUAUAAGAAUUGUUUAGCAGACAGUAAGGAGAAUUACUAAUAAGAUCUUGAGUGUGAAGGGGUUAACAGCAUUUGCCAUUUCAAAGCACACCAUCCCUUUGCAAGCAUUUUUGUCAUGAUAGGGUUUGGCUGCAGAAAAAUAAAUUUUUAACGCUGGGCUUGUGUUUAACGUGCAGGAAACCCUCUGAUGCUUGGUCUAUCUUUAAAAAACCCUUUUGGAUAUCACCCAUUCAGUGAAGGAAAAGCAGAAGAGAGAAAGCUAUAAUCAUGAAAAUUAUCAAUCAUCAAAUUUUGUUUACAUAAUAGGCGUACAUUGAUUGGUCAGUGGGGAGAGUGAAAAAAUGUAAAUGUUAAAAUUUUU